UAUAAAUUAUAACCCAAAUCUGACGAUUGACAUCUCCUCGGGCAUAAACCCUAUGGUUCAUACUAGUUGCCAAGUAAUUUAUAACUAGUUGAUUUCACUGCAGGCUAAAUUCACAAACUGGUGGCAGUUUGAAAAAGUCAGUGCACGUGCAACGAAUACAUACAUUUUCUCCCACUAAAUACAAAUACAAGUAUACUACAAACACUUGUGUGUAUUUACAUACAUACAUGUAUGUUCACGCUCUUUCUAGUAAAAGUGCAUGAUUUUCUUCUUCCCCAAUUGUGAUUGUUGAGUUCUCAAUCCAACAACGCUAACAUCGCUUAUCUGUCGACAUAAUCUUCUUGCUAUCAGGUAGACAGUUUCGCAGCAACGAUCUGGGCUGUGAAGAGAGUUCAAAGCCUGAAAAUCUCAUCUAACGCAUUUUUAGUAUACUAUGCUGUUGGCGCAGAGUAAAACGCUCAGUUAAGGCAUGAAGUUCGGCGUAAGCGUGCACAAAAUAAUAAUUUCUUGAAUAAUUUUAAUUUCGAAUCGGACGGAUAAAUCAAGGGCAAUGCAAUAUAAGCGACGCGACACCUAAUCGCAAAGAAAAAAAAAUUUAAACAAAAUAAUUAAUAAAGUGAACAUAAAAUUCUUAUCAAUUAAAAAAUAUUUUUUAUAGAUGUGUUUUAGAAAAUAAUAUUAAAAAAAAACAAAAAAAACACUUGCCAUUAGUUGGAAGAAAUCAUAUAGAAAUUAAGUAUUAUUGCACUAAGAAUAAACUCAGCGCUACAUUGAAAUUCAGAAUAAAAGGCAUUUGAUCAAAAUCGGAUGUGUGAACGUGUAACUUGAAAAAUUCAUGACUCUGAAGGAUUUGGAAGUUGUAGUUAGUGAGUUAGCGAUAAUUGAGAACGGAUCCAACAAAAUGAUGUCCAGAACCUUCAGAUAUUUCAAAUUGAUGUAUAUUGUGGCGGGUAUUUUAAUGAGCAAUGAAAAAGUUUGCGAAUCUGUUGAUAAAAUGCAAAUCACGCCACGUGUUGAGGUCAAAGAGAUGCUGCAGCCGAAGAAAGUAUACAAAGGUGUCGAGAAAGCGUCGAGGAAUUGGUUUCGCGGCUCCUACUGUUAUAUAGUGAGUGGUAUUAAGCGGCGCGUAUCGCCAUUGUUAAGCAUCUUCAACAUUUGGACCAUACCCAACUACUUGGUGGAGUGCUCGACGAAUUUUAUCAGCAAACAAUUCAUCGGAAGCGAUUGUGAUAUGAUUUACAACAGAUAAAUCGAGUAUAAGACAUGUAGGUGCUAGUUAAAAUUAGAGUAUAAAAUAGACUAAGUUAGAUUGCCUAGAAAAAAGAUUUCAAACACUAUUUUUGUACAAUUAAAUAGUUUGAAGCUCGAAGACUUGCAGAAACACAAUGCAGGCGUUUAGAUAGUUAAACAAAUAACUGUAGCUCUAAUUUAGUAUUAAGAACGAAGCAUUAGCUAAACGUAUUUGAGUGAAUACAAAUUUGUUUCUCAUAUUUGAUAAGAAUUUCUCUACAAUGCCACUACUUCACAAUACAUACUUACAUAUGUAUAAACGUACGAAUAAUAUAAUAUUAAGCACGUUUAUAUUAUUUUGUGUACUUUAAUUAUAUUAUUGCAAAAUAUUCACAUACAGACGGAAAUUUUUUAAUAAAUUUUGCUAUACAUACAUACAUCCA